GGUACGUGUUCACGAUCGUGAGCUAUUUGAUUGGCGUGUUCAUUUUCGCCACUAUAGUAGGGCAGGUCGGCAACGUCAUCACCAAUAGAAAUGCCAACCGUUUGGAGUUUGAGCGACUUCUGGACGGCGCGAAAACCUACAUGAGGCAUCAUAAGGUGCCUGGUGGUAUGAAGCGCCGAGUACUGCGCUGGUAUGACUACUCAUGGUCUCGCGGACGAAUCCAAGGAGGAGGGGACAUAAAUACCGCCUUGGGGCUCCUCCCCGACAAGCUUAAGACAGAACUAGCUUUACAUGUGAACCUUAGUGUGCUGAAAAAGGUCACAAUUUUCCAAGAGUGCCAACCCGAGUUCUUACAUGAUCUAGUUUUAAAAAUGAAGGCAUACAUAUUUACACCUGGUGACUCAAUAUGUCGAAAAGGGGAAGUUGCCCGAGAAAUGUUUAUAAUAGCCGAUGGUAUACUUGAAGUCAUAUCAGAAACAGGUCGUGUUUUGACAACAAUGAAGGCUGGCGAUUUUUUUGGUGAAAUAGGAAUAUUAAACCUGGAUGGAUUGAAUAAGAGAACAGCGGAUGUGAGAUCAGUAGGAUACUCGGAACUAUUUUCUUUAUCUAGAGAAGAUGUGUUAGCGGCCAUGAAAGACUAUCCUGAAGCUCAGGACAUAUUACAGACGCUUGGUAGAAAACGUCUUCAAGAAGCCAAGAAUAUGUCGAGGAAGCACGCCAAAGAAAUAAGUCCAGAUAAAAUACCCGGUGACGACAGUGGACCAAAGAGGAUUGUACAUAAAUUAAGAAGCGAUGUUAAGGGGAUACGCAAUGCAAUAAGAAGUCGAUCUCGGGCAACUCGUCGUUCAGGUGAAUCUUUGGAAUUGCAAGCAUUAGCUGGCGCUGAAAGAGCAGCGGCUGAUGGUAAAGUCCUCCGAAGAAUGCCGCGGGUCGAAAGCGAUGACUCCCAAACACAUAAUAACGAGGAUAACAAUGGCGAGACAACAUUUGGUAACAAAGAUGUAGAAAAAUGCAUAUCACCGAUUGGAGCUGGUUUACCUUUACUAUCGAGAUUAAAACUACUAAAAGAAAAACAGGAUCGUGAAGAAAAAGUAGCCAAACAAAGACACUCAACGUCUUCGGUAGUAUCUCCACCUCCAUCACAACCAACACCGUCAACAAGUUCAGCUCCUGAUGCUGAACCAGAAGUUAUAGGAGCAGGACUACCACUCUUACAAAGGCUUCUACUCUUAAAAGCUAAAGAAGAAAGAGAAAAAAAUCAACUCACCCCAGCAACCAGUAACCAACCCUCUAGUUCCGAUACAAUUAGCCCAAGCUCAAUAAAGAGCCCUUUAAGUCCUACUAUCAAAACAUUAAGUCCGAUUAGAAAAGGUUCAGAAUCAAGCAGUCCAGGAAAACUUCAGAGUCCUACUACGAAAACGUCAAGGAAGAACUCAUCAGGUUCCAGUGACGGAACGUUACGUCCAAAAGUUAGUUUUAAGGAUAGAAUAUUGCAAGUUCAAAGUGACGGGACUGCCGUAUGUCAACCACUAAAUAAAGAUAUAAGCGAAAAACCGGCAGCAGUAGUGGAACCAACACCUAAAACAGAAAGCAGCUUGAUUUCUAUACCACAUUCAGUCGUCAGUAAAAUAAAAUCUCCUGCCAAGGUAGUUGGUUCUACGUUUAGAGAUAAACUAAAAUUGCUUCAAAGUGGGAACACACACAAAGAAGCAGAAAAUUCUUCAGCAGAACGUAAUAAACCCCCUUCACUUGAAAAAGUUUCCGUAGAAGUGACACCUUUACAAUCAACCGAUAACAAAGAUGACACAAAAUGUAAAAAGCCUUGGACAAAACUAAAAAAAGCAUCAAUUUUAGGAGAAUCUAAAAGUCAAAGUAAAUCUAGCUUAGAGGAGAAAAAAGAAACUGAUAGUUUACCGAAGGAAUGUGAAAGUAAAACUGAAGCAAAUGUAAAUAUUAGUGUGCCUAUAGUUACUACCGGGGAGCUUGUUAAAAUAGACAAUAAUAAUCUUGAAGUUGAUAGUGAUAAUGUUAAACAUGAUAAGCCUAAGAUUUCAUUAACAGGCCCUUUGGAACCCGUCCAAGAACGAUCUUUAGAUUUAUUAACAUUAUCACCAAAAAGAAAUCUUACAAGACCAAUUGAAUCAAAGUCGGUCGUCGGUGGAAUGUUACUACCUAAAGUUAAGAAGUAUAGAUCUAUAGAUGAUUUAUCACCUGAAUACGGAGGUCUGCCAUUUGUAAAAAAACUAAAAAUACUUAAUGAGAGACAAAAAUUAGCUGAACUAGAGAAGGUCGUUAAAUAUAGAAGUUCUAGUUUAGAUUGCACUAGUUCCUCUGAAGAUCUUUUGUGUGAUACAUUGAUAAGGAGUCAUUCUGAAGGAAGUACUAUGGAUAAACGCAAAUACAAACGGAAAUCGACAGACUCUGGUAGUAGUCUCGGAUCAAAUGAAACACUCGAAAGAAGGACGCUGAAGUCAAUAUUGAAAAAACUAUCAGAAGACGUUACACCAUCUGAAAGUCCUGAGCGGAGUAACGAGCUUCGAAGACUAAUAAGAGCACCUACAUUAGAAGGUUAUGCUGCAAGACAUUCUAAAUUUGCAAAAAGCGUCACUUUUCAUCGCCACACUUUACCCUCACCCCCCAGUAGCGCGCCCGCAGAUGCUAAGUGUGAUAUGUUUAAAAUGCCAGAAGUACAUACUACACCACAAAUCGAUGCUGUACCCGCGCUAGACUCUGAUCAAGAUUCAGUAUUUGCUCCCAAUGAAACAAUAAAAACUGAAGAUGAAAUAAGUACUCAAAAUUAUGGUAUAAAUAUUCGAGCAAAUUAUGAUUUGGAGCCCAGUAUAGACCCCAUGUACGAUUUGAAAUCUUUGAGGCCUGAAGAUAUUAAAGUGCCUUCUGAGAAACCUAAAUUAACAAUUAUAUCAGCCGUUGCAAAUCAAAGAAAGCUAUUACGGGGUUCUCUCGAAGAACAAGAAUACUUUGGUGAAGUUUUAUUAGGAAUAAAACAAGUUAUACAGGGACAUUUGCAUGAUGUUCAAGGAAAAUUUCAAGAAAGAUUUAAUAGUUUAGAAAACGAAGUCCGGAAACGCGAUGAAAUCAUUAGCCAACUUCAAAAACGUAUUCAGGAACUAGAAAGGCUAGGUUUGACUGGCGUCACUACUCCUACGCAACCAAAUGAUUCGGAAGAACCAAUUAUAGACGAUAUCCAACCUGUAGAUACUCGGACUCUUUCGAAAAAUGGUAGUUCAGGUAGCGAAGAUGCUUCUGGUACUGAAGAAGGUUUUAUGAGAGGAGAUUCCCUUGACACUGUUUUCGCAAAAUCGCCACCAACAGCUAGUGCGGAUGAAGAAGAAAAAGAUAAAGUAGAUGAUAAGCCAGAACCUGAUAUAAUAUCUCCUGAGGAAUUGACAGAUGAUAAACUCUCAGAACUAACAGGAGGCAUAGAACUAGGAAGACUUUCAUAUUCAGAGUUGCAAAGCUUAGCGGAAUCAUUAUCCAAUAGAUCUGACAAAACUUCAUGCAGCAAGGACGACUGGACUGUGAGUAAAUCGAAGAGAUUGGAUUUAAAUCUAGAUGGUAAAGCUGGCACUUAUUCGAGGAAGAGAGCAGCGAAAUUGAAACAAAGAAAAUCUUGGGAAGAUCAAAGUGAUCAGGAGAGCAUGGAAAUGCAAGAUUUAAAUAGGCCAAUGUCCCCACAAAUGACAUCUGAAGAUCGGUCUCUCCUCAGUCCUGAACAUUCAAGCCUCCGCAGCACCAGACGGGGAUUACAUGGGUUCCAUUUCUUCGGCUCUCAUCUGGACAACACCAAGUCGAAAAUCAAAAAGACCCUCUCUGUGGACACUGGGAUGCAUCACACUGGUAGAAAUGAAAAGAAUAAGAUAGAACCAAGCAGGCAAAGACAUCGCAAGUUUAGUCUGGGGUCUUUCUUUGGGUACAACCGCGGGGUCCACAAGCCAACCGCCAACUGCAACGAAGUUGUUCUAGACAUGGGCAGUGACUACAGCUGGAGCGACACAACAUCGACGUCGUCGAGUAGCGAUUCAGAGUCACUCCCUCGAACACCAAUGUUCGAGGAAUUCGUUGAAAGCAGUUCCCGUAGAGGGCGAGCUGGUAGUUCCAGUCAUAGCAGUGUUUCACCAAUAAGAGGAAGUGGAGGAGAUUGGGAAGUCAUGAUGUUAGCUGAUGAACUAGAAAAGAGGGAACGCGAGGAAGCACGCAGACUCCACUACCCCACUACACUUAGAGACUUGGAAGAGGAAUCCGACCCACAACGCGAAGAUAGUCCAGAUGAAUACUCCAACAACGAGGAUUCGAACUCUUCAUCAACUACCCACUUGCUGUCACAGUCUAUAAGCGACCCAUCGCAGCGGUCCCUGGAGACGUCGUUCACAGAAGCGAGCAGCGGCAGGGAAGUUAGACAACAGCGAAUAGGAUCACUCGUGGAACAGGCAAGAUCAGACUCGUCUUUACGUCAAUCAAGAGGCUUGAUUCUUCGGGCAGCGAGUCUUGACCGUGGAACUUCGUCAUCGCAGCAUCCCCAGUCUCGCAGAUUUGGAUCCCUGAAGAGCUCCAGCACAGAUUCACACAAGAGACUCUGAUCCGUUAGUUCACACGGACCAAAGUUAAGGUCCGAUGGUCUCAGUGUUAAAAAUUAUAAGCCACAAAUUAAUUUCUACGACAAAAGGAGGGCAAAUAUUAAAGCCUUUAAAGGAACAACUGGUAGUAAACCAGGCAAAACAAUAUUGGGCAAAAAAUCAUUACAUUCAGAAAUAGAUUGCAAUGACUGUCUUAAACCAGAUGUCGAUAAAGCUCAAACUAGAAAUAAAGGUAUAUUAGUCGAACAUAAUGUUAAAAAAGAUCUAAAAUAUGCAAAAAUUGCAACCAAAUACGGACACUCAAAUAAAAUGUGUAAUAAUCAUAACAAACACAAAGGAAACGGUACAUGUCAUAUCAGCAAAGAGAAAGAGGUCGGAUCAAUAAGAAGACCAGACAAUUCCGAUAAUAUAAAAUAUGAAAAUGUUAUCGGACAGGACAAUGUAUCUAGAAGUAAUGAUAAUGAAAAUUCUAGUGAAUAUGACAAAGGUGCUCAUGAGAAUGAAGACGGAAAAGAAAUUGAAUCUCGUAUAAAUGAUAAUGACAAUGAGAUUAAAUUGGAAUCCGUUGAUGGAAACGUACAGGAGAAUGUAAUGGAAAGUGAAAGAGAGAGACGGGUUGUGGAAAACGAACGAGAGAAUGAUUUAAGCGACCAACGUCGUGUUGGUGGUCAAUUAUUGGUGGUAAUCAUCGUAAUAUACGAGGAAAUGGAGUAUUUAAUCUUUCUAUUUGUAGAUUAGACAUUAAGGUGAAUGUAAAUACAACAUUUUAUUUUCUAGUAAUAAUAACGACCUAUAAGUUUUCUGUGUAACGGACUUAUCAGUAUCAUUUAUAUUAUGUAUAGUAGGUAUACUUGAAAGAAUUUUCAACAAUUACAUACCGAAAAAAAUAUAUGUGAUUAUCAUAUAAAUAAAAAUUCGUAAUCGUUUAGUUACUUUAAAUUUCAAAAACAAAUUUUAAUUGACUAAUAUUUCGUAGAUGUUAUGAGUAUUAAUAAGACAUGGGACGAAUACUCGGUUUGGAUUCGGUACUCGGCCGAUUCGGCCUUUUUUUAGGGUCCGGCCGAGCACCGAGUAUUAACGGCCGAGCAGCGAGUACUCGGCGGAGCUUGAUGGCGCAGGUGGUUAGCGCGUUCGGCUGCGAUCGUUGAAGUUAAGCAACUUUCGCAGUGGUCGGUCAUUAGAUGGGUGACCAAAAAUCUUCUAGCUCGAGUUCCUCCGUGCUUCGGAAGGCACGUUAAGCCGUUGGUCCUGGCUGCAACUGCAGUCGUUAGCACCCGCCAAUCCGCACUAGGCCCGCGUGGUUGGGUCAUGGCCCAAUCUCCCUAUUCCAUCCAUAGGGAAGGCCUGUGCCCCAGCAAUGAGAACAUUAAUAGACUUAUGAUGAUGACGUACUCAGCCUUAAUUAUAUGACAGGGAAAAAUAAAGACAAAUAGUCAGUUUUCAUGAUUAUUAUUAAAUUAGACACAUUAUAUCAUCAGGAACAUGAGAAACAGCAGAAAUAUUGAAAACGUACAUGAGAAUCUAUAAUAGAUAUAUGAUUACUAAUACUUAAAAUUUAAGACAGGAAGAAGAAGAUGCAAAAACACUAGCUUUUCGGCCCUAUUUGGGUCUAGUUUGCUCCUUUUUGCUUCAUAUAUUAAGCCCGCCUCUGAAAAAAGCCGUUCACUGUAAGCUGAACUGGUGGGAGUUGAUAAGUAUUGAGCCGCAAAUUUUCCCAAGAUGGGGUAAUGAACUUUAUUAGAAUCCCACCAUUUAUAUGGAUUUGCAUCAGAAUUACAUUUUGGCUACAAUAUUUUCGGCUUGGUAUUUCGUAAUGCGGUAAAAUAUUAUUGACAAAUUGCGAAACCCACAUGACUUUCCACGAUAGACAAUGACUCGUUAUCCACUGCGAUCAUUUCACCGAUUAAAUAAUGGUACCUCUUUGCUCUAGAAUCAUUAAAUUCCCACAUCUUUUUCUUUUCUAACAUAUCUUCUAAAGACGGCUGCUUCAAAACACCAGUCACUUGUGAUUCACUGGACUGAGAGACAAAUUCUUAGCUACCAGCAAUACUUGUAGUACCAAAAACCUCGUCAUACUCCAACUUAUGUUUAGUCUGCAAAUUUCUUUUCAUGGACGAAGUAGUCGCUUUUUUUCCCAUACCUCCACGUGAUAGUUGAACUCCACACAAAUUACACUUAGACUUGUUUUUAUCAACCUCAACAAAGUAUUUCCAAACACCCGACCUUUUUGCACUACUUGACAUCUUCUUGUUAUAUUAUAAAUUACGCGUUGUCUACAUAAAAUAAUUAACUAAACACGCAAGCGUAACCUCUUCUACGUGAAUACUCGUACAAAAGUGACAAAUGAGUUGACAAAUUAUGAAGUUAGGGUUUUCCCCGCUCAAAGGGAAUUCCCCGUGUACAGAUUCGUCGCGCUGCAAUAUCACGCUGUUGCUGUCUCUGUGUAAGGGAUAACCGCGCGCCACCGCGUUUUUCUUAAAGCCGAGCAUUCGGCCGAGUUCUCGGCGAAUCACUACUCGUUCCAUGUCUAGUAUUAAUCCAAUUAAAAAAAACAAAAGCACGCCAUUAUAAUAGUUAUUAUAUUAUUUUUAUAUUAUUACAAUUUAAGAAUAUUCUUGAGAGCGAAUACUCAAACGUUAUUUUAAAGUUGAGGAUAAAAAAUUGCUAAAAGCAUAAUUGAAUUUUACAGAUUACUCUUACACUUGUAGUCAGUUACAAUUGUAAUCAGGUGGCCUUUAAUUUAGCUUAAAUCUGUCAGUACCAUAUAAUUUAAUUAGGAAACAAAAUUAAAAGGCCUUGACAAAAAAAACUAAUAAGUAGGUAUGUAUUUGGUUUUUUUAUUUUAACUCUAUGGUGCAUUCGAAAUAUUUGCAUAGAAUGUAUUUUUUUUUAAUUAAACAAUUGAAAAAUUCAUUAAAAAAAAUUACAUAGAGUAAGUAAUAAGAACUUAUGUCGAAUUGAAUAGUAAAUCAAAAAAGUAGAUCUUACAUACAUUUGAAAUUUUUCCUCAACUCAACAAGUCAGCAAACAGUAUUUAUUUAUUUCUUAUUUAUUACUAAGACUCCGCUGUCCGUCUGACGGUCUGUCUGCCUGUCACCAGGUAUCUCAUAAACCGUGAUAGCUAGACAGUUGAAAUUUUCACAGAUGAUGUAUAUCUGUUGCAGCUAUAAGAACAAAUACUAAAAAUAUUAUAAAAUUAAUAUUUAAGAGAGGUCCCUAAACAACAGACAUGAUUUUAGCCGUUUUUGGUACGGAACCCUUCCUUCGCGAGUCCGACUCGCACUUGACCGCUUUUUUUUUCAAUCUGUGACUCUUUUUAUUUCUUUUAAUAGAAAUAAAUAUCGAAGAUAUGUGAAAAAUAAAUUACAGCUUUGAUACUUGAACUAUUGCUGACUAUACAUACCUAGGUAAAGUGUGAACAAAGAAUAUAUGAUAAUGUCUACUGUAACAUUAAUGAUUUUUAAUUUAUUAUUAGUUCUAAAUUAAUACAAGCACAAUAUACCUAAUGCUAAAUAGAAUUUAUUUAAAUCGUGGAAAUUUUAAUAGUAAAUUAAUGAUGUAGUUAGGUAUUUGUAUGAAAGAAAUAAUAUUUAAUGUCCAUUAUUGAAAUAAUAGUGCCAAAAUUGAUAUUCUGUAGAUAACUUUCAAAUUUUAUUAGAUCUUCUUACAAUGAUACUAAGAGAUAAAAAUGUAAAUAGGUAAUAACUAUAAAGUAUUAUAUAAUUAUAUCUGUUUUAAAUCGUAUAGAGAAAUAAUUAUAUUAGUGAGAUAAUAAUUAAAUUAAAAAUAGAAUGUAAGUAGGUCGUACAGAAUAGAAUUACUGACUUAUUUAAGACCUAACAAGGAUAUCUAUUACUGUCAGUUUAUUAAGGAUCAAAACCUUUUUUUACUCAAUAAAUAAGGAACGAAUGAUAUUCAAACGAUAAAGAACUACUUGCGAAUAGCUCUGUUACAAACUUACAAUACGAUAGCUUUUUCUGUUCUUUCAAAAUAUUACCAAAUUCAUUAAGACCGCGACAGACUUUUUAAUCGCAACGCCACCUGACGCCACGCCAUGCGUAUUUUCUAUGAUCAGCGUGUGCGCGUCGGAUGUUUCUAAUGUGUUUCGGAGCAUAGAGAAUAAUACCUACAUUUUAUUUUACUCAACACGCGUCGGGUCAUUGGGUGGCGUCGCGUUCUCGGUGUGACUACCUUUUAGCACACAAGUCAACGAGUGAAGUUCGCUUCCAAGUAAGAUUUAACAACUGCUGAGGCCAAAUACUCAAACUUUUUUUUCGAAGUCAAUGCCUUAUCACACUAUGUUCUUAAUUUGAAUAGCUGUCAGAUUUCAGCUAAUUAGGCACCAUGAUGUCUGGCAGCUAUUUUAGACUUACAAAGAAAUGUUUGGGCAUUCGGCUGUUUCUUGUCACUGAAUCAACAUUUUAUUAAAUAUAUCUACUUAUUGUGAAAAUGUAGCGAGUACAUAAGUACUUAUACCCCCUUAUUAAUAUACGAAAAAUAAGCUUAGAUCAGUUAUUUCAUGUUUUGUCCCUGUUCAUUGAAGUUCGUGGUAUGUGAGUGACAUGAACAAAAGACAGCUUAACUACCGUAAGCUUAUUCCUCGUUUAUUAUUAUGAACGUUUAUAAGACCAUAACCAAGGUAUAAAAAAACAUUAGAAAUAUUUUGACGAUAAUUAAAAAAAUAUUGAAUUAUUUUCUUAACAAGAAAACAAUCAAACACAUUCAUUUCCAUCUCAUAAAACCGAAUUUGUAUUAAACUAUGUAAUCAAAAAUAACUGGGUACAAUUUUACACUUUAUAAUGUAGUUCUUAAAAUAGGCAUUUAUAUGUCACAUUCUUAGCACAAGAUAAUAUUUACUUAAUACACCUAUGGCUUCUAAAAAAGAUCAAUAAGUACUAUGUACAGAUUCCAAUGAAGGCCAAUCACUGUAAUGCUACUGCCAAACUGUCGCGCUAUCGUGAACAUUUUCCGUUUUCACGACAAGUCGGGUCAAACGUUAGAUGCAUCGUGAAAACGGCAAAUGUUCGCGAUAGUGCAAUUGUAUGACCGUAGCAUAAGAAAAUACCUAAUCACGAAGUACGUAUGUUAAAAAAAUGAUUCCAUAAACUGUGACAAAAUUAUUAUAGUUUGUAAUAAAUAGGUACAUAAAGACAGAUAACACAUUUAGUGAGACAGAAAGAAAUUAUUAUGAAAAUAUGUAUAAAAAUUUUAAUUUAUUUAGAUUUAGAACUCAAGUCGUGAUGGAAAAUGAUGAGAUGACAGAAAAUAAACAUUAAUAAUUUAACCUGUUGUUUCAAUAUUUGAAAACCUCCGUCAAGUCCGUUCAAGAUAUCGGCUACGAAGCUGAGAGCUGGGUUCGAAGCCCACUAAGGGCAAAUGUUUGUAUGGUGAAACGAGUAUUUGUACUAGAAUCAUGGAUAUUUAAUAUAAUACAGUAUUUGUACUAAUUUUAAUAACGGAAUGUUAUCCUGGUACCUACAUUCAGAUUUGAUAUAGGUAGUAUUACUUUAAUACAGUGUAAUAAAGUAACCUCAAGUAGAUGAUGAGAAGCUAUUGCUCUAGCUGCCGUCAAGUAAGAAGCUAG